UAACUUCCUGUAAGUUUACUUCCGGUUUUCAAGGUUCCCGCAAAAUUAGCUGUAAAAGUAAAUAGAAGUCGUGAGAUUCAAUGAGUGGUCAGCCAGACCAGGUGAACGGUAAUGGAGUUGGAGAGGAGGAAAAGGUUGCCAUCCUUGAUGCAGGGGCACAGUAUGGCAAGGUGAUAGACCGAAGGAUUCGAGAGCUGAAGGUUGAAACAGAUGUGAUCCCACUGGAUACUCCAGCUUUUGUGCUGAAGGAAAAGAAAUACAAGGCGAUUAUCAUAACAGGAGGGCCGACUUCAAUAAAUGAUGAAGAUGCCCCCCUUUAUGAUGCAGAAAUAUUCAACAUCGGGCUUCCAGUACUAGGCAUCUGCUAUGGUUUCCAGAUGAUGAAUGCUCAAUUUGGAGGCAAGGUGGGUCAGAAAGCAGCCAGGGAGGACGGUCAAUUCAGCAUUCAAGUGGACAACAAAUGUCCGUUGUUCAGUGGCCUUGAAGAAGAACAAGAUGUCCUCCUGACACAUGGUGACAGUGUAGAAAAUGUUGCUGAGGGGUUUACGACUGUGGCCAAGUCUGGGGACAUUGUAGCUGCCAUUGCCAAUGAAGAGAAGAAGCUGUAUGGUGUUCAGUUUCAUCCAGAGGUAGACUUGUCCACAAACGGCAAACAAAUAAUGGAGAACUUCCUUACUCUGGCUGGUUGUCAUUUCUCAUUUACAAUGGCGUCCCGUGAGAUGGAAUGCCUGGAGUAUAUCAAACAGACUGCUGGCAGUCAUAAAAUACUGAUGUUGCUCAGCGGUGGAGUUGACUCGACAGUUUGUGCAGCCCUCCUACACAAGGCCCUUCCAGAUGACCAGGUUAUAGCCCUGCACAUUGAUAAUGGCUUCAUGCGCAAACAUGAGAGUGAGCAAGUGGAGAAAUCCCUCAAUAACAUUGGUCUGCAUGUCAGAGUGAUAAAAGCCUCCCACCAGUUUUACAAUGGUCGGACAUACAUCUCAAGUAGCGCUGAAGGCAAGAAGCGGAGAACUAACACGCUUUGUACAACUGUGGACCCAGAGGAGAAACGGAAAAUCAUUGGAGACACAUUCAUGAAGGUAGCAAAUGAAGUGAUAGAGGAGCUGAGUCUACGGCCAGAAGAUGUCUACCUCGGACAGGGAACGUUGAGACCCGAUCUCAUUGAGAGCGCCUCGGCACUCGCUAGCGGGAAGGCAGACGCAAUCAAAACACACCACAAUGAUACAGAUCUAGUCAGGGAGCUCAGAAAUCAGGGAAGAGUUGUUGAGCCCUUGAAGGACUUCCAUAAGGAUGAAGUGCGGGCAAUAGGUCGGGACCUUGGGCUUCCAGCAGAGAUGGUCAGCAGACACCCAUUCCCAGGUCCAGGUUUAGCCAUCCGGGUUUUGUGCGCAGAAGAGCCAUUCAUGUGUAAAGACUUCGCAGAGACAGCUGUUAUCAUCAAGUUCAUUGCAGACUAUGCAUUAGCUUCCAAAACUCCUCAUAACUUGAUAGCCCGAAUUAGCAAGAGUACGACCGAGAAGGAGCGGGGGUUUCUGGAGAGGUUCAGCGAGGAAGAAGCAAUAACUGCCACCCUUCUGCCAGUACAAACAGUAGGGGUACAGGGUGACUGUCGCACCUACAGCUAUGUGGCAGGUCUGUCGUUCAGGAAGGCAGCUAAAGACUUGAAUUGGGACGACGUGAUGACGCUGGCUAAGCUUAUUCCUAGGAUCUGCCAUAAUAUCAACAGGAUUGUGUACAUAUUUGGUGACCCAGUCAAGUUUCCUAUAGAGGACAUAACUCCCACUUAUCUCACCGAUGGGGUACUGAGUACCCUCAGACAAGCUGACUACCUGACUACAAAGGUGCUCAUAGACUCAGACAGUGUCCAUAAACUCAGCCAAAUGCCUGUUGUGCUAGUUCCAUUGCAUUUUGAUCGAGAUCCCACGCAGCAUAAGCCGUCUUGUCAGAGAUCUGUGGUUAUACGCACGUUUAUGACGCACGAUUUCAUGACUGGAGUACCUGCCCAGCCAGACAAACACUUGCCAUUAUCAGUGAUCGAAGACAUGGUACGAGUGGUACAAGAAGUCCCUGGUGUGUCCCGAGUCAUGUAUGAUCUCAGUUCCAAACCCCCAGGAACUACCGAGUGGGAAUAGCCACAUGGACAUUGAAUGUGAUCACAAAAUAGAUCAGAUACAUGCAUGCAUAAUGCUGUUUUUUCUUAUAUAAACAUGCCGGCCUUUUUCUAGGCACCCCAAGGUUUUGUGACUGAAACCUCUUCCAAAUAAUUUUUACAUGAUCACUAAGUGUGCUAGAUAUUUUGGGAAAUGCUAUUUGAACUUAAUGAAAUUUUGAUAUGUGUCUAAGAUUAAUAAAAAGUGUCUAAAUGAUGGGUAUAUGGUGAAUUCAUGAAAAGUGCUUUACUACUGGUGCCAUUCCAUUAAGACUCCUAGGAGCAAUGUUGAUAUUUUGAACAGUGCUGUACUGCUGUUGAAUCUCUCCUACAUGUACAAAAGUACGUCCAAGUUCACUCCUAGGAGCUGUAAUUUUGAAUUUGACCCUCGAGUCUUAUGUAACACAGAGUAUUGAAACUUGGCCAGUUUUUGUAAAUGGUUUUGAAUGUCCGACUUUUUGUGAAAAUGAAAUCUAUACAUUUAUAUGCUAGAAAUGUGUACAGCCAAUGACUUGUUGUACAUGUAUCUAACACAGGUGUGCUGCUUGUCAAAGGUUUAUACCUCCAAUAUUCAAGUGUUAAUUUAAGUAAUCAUCUUUUAGAUAUAGCUGUUUACGAUCUGUUGAUUCCAUUUUAAAAAAAUGUGCUAUAUUUAAAAGGCCUGGGGCGGUAUUCAUAAAACAUUUUCUUAACCUUAGUAUCUCUUAAGCACAUGGUAUAAUAACUUUAUAAUAUUUGAAAUUCUCAUCUUCAAUAAUUUGAUUUAAAAAAAAAUGCAUACAUUUAUAUUAAAAACACUCCUAUUUUUUUUUCUAAAUUGACUAAGAAAUUCUAUGAAAUUGACUCAAGUUACGAUUGACUUAAGACGUUUUAUAAAUACUGGUCCAGUUUCUUUCAGAUACUGAGCUCCUAAGUUCAGUUGUACAAUAACAGUUAAACCUCAAUAAAUGUCUGUAUUAAUCUUGUACACAAGAGCUGAUACAAUUUAUAGAUUACAAUUAUUAAAUAAAAUUGCUGAUUGACAGCAGAAUACCCAGUUUAAUUAAUUUUAUUAUUUUAACCAACUGUCAUAGAAACAUGUGCAUCUUUAGAAAGUAUCGUUUGUUUUUUAUAACAGUUAGUGGGUUUAGUUAAAAGGGUACCUAACUUCUAUUUUACGCUUUUCAAAAAUGCAAUUUUAUGAAAUAAGUUCAUAAAAAAUAGUUCUAGAAUAAAACAUUAAUUUGAGCAGUUACUCAAAAUAAUGAGAUUUUCUCAAUUUUUUAAUGACUAGUUAUUGAUGGUAUUCAUAUUUAUUGCUUAAUAAUAUAUUAGAGAAAGCGCUGUUAAAAAGAGGCAAACAUUAACAAUUUUGAAUCUUACUUUGCUGUAUUGUGGUAAAUGAGUUCUGAUCGACAAUUGAUUUAAAUGUAAAAGAAAAAUACAUAAAUUGGGACCACUUUCUGAGCUUUUUAUGUUUUGAGGAAGAAAAAAUACAAAUACAGUAUUUUUAUUUUUUUUGAAGUUGUCAGCAACAAGUCUUGGAGAGGUAUUGACGAACAUUUAAGAGUCAAAACAGUGAAAUUAUCCAAGUGAUAGGAUUACAAAAUAAAAUGAAACAGAUGUGUAAAAAUAUUUUUUUUUUAAAUGUUAAAGGAUAGUUAUUAUUACCUGCUUAAAAAGGAGAAUGUCAUUUUUCAUCCACUGGACUCAAUUUCACUGAUGGAGUCACAAUGAAUGUCAUAGUUUGUUCUAUUGUGUUGUUUUGUCCUUAUCCUGCAUGUCCAUUAAAGGGACUUGACACCAGAUGGUUCCAAAAUUGUCAAUAACAACUUUUUGUCAAAAAAAGUCUAAAAUUGCCAAUACGAGCUAGUAUGAGGCUGAUAAUAAUCAUUUUAAAAGAUAUUCUGUCACGGCAUCAGCUGAGUUUAUCCGUUUCAAAAUAGCGCAUAAUGGUUCCCAGUUUAUACUGUGUAUAUAUAGCAGAUACAUAUAAUGACCCUAUUUUUAAAUUAGCUGAGAUUUAUGUCGAAGACAAACCCUGAUUUUUUCAUGAAUUGGAGAAAUAUGCAUAAACGAUAAUGUGUUAUAAGCAAUGUGAUAGUUCAGUAUUGAAUUAAGACUCUAUGUGUUGUACAUAAUGAUAUAAAUUUUAUUUUAGUUUUUGGCAAUUUUUAUCUUUUCUUGCAGUUGUAUUAUCUGGUGUUUAUUCCCUUUAAACUAGCACUGUUUAAAACAUUAUCCUUGUUACUAGUGUUUGAAAUGAAAUCAAAGAAAUAAAUUGUUGAAUACCA